UUCUUGCGAACUAGCUGCUCCAGGAUGACAUUGUUUCUACUGUCUAAUUAAAAUGUAUCAGUAGAUGUGUAAUGUUUUCAAGUAGCUGACAUUCCUACCCUGUUUCUAACAUAGUGUGUGCACUCAAAAUAAGGGCUUUUCCUGUGAUUUGAUUUUUAUUGGUAAACCAUCUUAAACUCCUUCCCAAGAUAGGGUUUUCCCCAGCCAGGCCUAUCUGUCCCUAGUUCCCUUUGCCUCAGAGAGAUACUCCAUCCCCUCUUAUGAACUAGAUUGGAGCUAAUUGGACACAUCUGAGAUAAAAGUUCAUAGAUUCUAAAGAAAGAAAGGACCAUAAUGAUCAUCUAGUCUGACCUCCUGUAUAAUACUGGACAUGGAACUUCCCCAAAAUGAUUUAGCUAGAGCAUAUCUUUAAAAAUAAAAUAAAAUAAAAAUGCAAUCUUUAUUAAAAUGUUUGCCAGUGAUGGAGAAUUAACUGAAUAUCUUGGCAAAAAUACCUUUGCAUCUCUGCAGGUUUUGAGCAUCUGAACUCAGAGUAAUACAACAGAAGAGCCUUGCAUUCUAAUGCUGGGUCCCAGAAACUGUUAUCUGGUUAAAAAUGUACAUGAAAAUUUCCUAGCUAGGUUAAUUCAAACUGCUUAAUCCUUAGCAAGGAGCCUUUUCUUUUUAAUCCCUUUUAAAAACUACUGACAAAACCACCCAAAGCCCAGAACUUGGUGGUGAUGGGGGCUUCAACUAUUCAGACAUGUACUGGGAAAGUAAUAUAACAGGGCACAGAUUGUCCAACAAGUUUUCGGAAUGCAUUGGAGACAAGCUUAUUACAGAAGGUGGAGGAAGCAACUAGGGGAGAAGCAAUUCCAAAGUUGAUUCUGACAAAUAGGGAGGAUGAUUGGUUGAUGAUUUGAAGGUUGAAGGCAGCUUGGGUAAAAGUGAUCAUGAAAUGAUAGGGUUCAUGAUUUGAAGGAACAGUAGAAGAGAAAACAGCAGAAUAAAGAGAGUGGACUUCAAGAAGGCAGAGUUUAGCAAACUCAGAAUUGAUACGUAAGAUCCCUUGGGAAGCAGUCUAAAGGAAAAAAAUGUUCAGGCAAGGUAGCAGUUUUUUAAAGUCACAUUAGUAAGGGCACAAAAGCAAACUAUCCCAAUAUAUAGGAAAGAUGGGAAGUGUGGUAAGCGAUUACCCUGACUUAACCAGGAGAUCUUCAAUGACCUGAAACUCAAAAAAGAGUUAUGCAAAAAGUGGAUACUAGGUCAAAUGAUGAAGGAUGAGUAUAAAAAACAACACAAGCAUGUACAGACAAAAUUAGGUCAAAGCGCACAAUGAAAUUAAAGUAGUUAGGGACAUAAAGGUACUGAGACACCAUUUUACAAAUAUAUGAGAAGCAAGAGGGAGGUCAAGAACAGGGUAGGCCCAUUUACUUCAGUGAGGAGGGAAAGACAAUAACAGAAAAUGCAGCAAUGGCUGAAUUGUUCAAAUGCCUCCCCGCCUCCUGGCUAAAAGGGUUCAGUGAUUGGAUGAUUAACACUGUGAACCUCACUGUGUUAAAUAGAGUAGGAUCUGAGGCUAAAAGAGUGAAAGAACAAGUUAAGAAUUAUCUAGACAAGUUAGGGUAUGUGUACAUUGCAGUGUAAGCCUGGGCUCAGGCUUAGACUGGAGCCCAAACCCCUUACCAUCUACACACAUGUCUCUCAGACUUGGGCUCAGACUUAGAGUCCUAGCACCCUGGAGGGUUCAAGCCCAGGUCAAGCAGUGACCUAGGGUUGAGCCCUAUUCCUUUGCAAUGUAGACGCAGCCCUGAUUGACUCAUCUCCUGGGAGUCCACCAACAGUAUCCCACAAUCCCAUGGGCCAACUUCCUUUGUUCUCUCUAUCCAGACAAUCUCCAAUCGACUCAAUUGAAAAUGGAAGCCAUCCUUCCUUGGCAUACAGCAGCAACUCAGUAAGUCCGCAUUAAUUCUUCCAUUGUCUUCUGAUCACUGAGCUGCAAACACAUCUUCGGAGAGCCUUCUGUGUUUGCAAUGGAGAUCAAGCAGAACAAGCCUUUUAUAAAGCACACUGCUUCAUGGUAAUGGGAUUAUAGCCAGUUUUCAGUGAAUCUCUGAUGUGAGGCCAGUAAAACUAUUCACUUAAGCAAAAGUACCAGCAGUGAUCACACGUACCAGCAGACAGCUAAAAAGCUGGCAGCUUUGCAAAUUUUCCAGACUGGUGACCAGUGCAGGGAGUGAAUUAAGUGUCUCAGGAGCAAGUGCUGGAAGACCAGGGAUCAGAACCAUACCUUGUGCAACUCGUAAGGCUCAUGCCUGUUUUUAUGAGGAGUUAGACUGGUGCUUGGCACUGUGCCUAGCAUAGAGUCAAUCGUGGUGCAUGAUGACCUGGUCAGCCUGGAUGGCGCCCUGCUGUCCCCUAAAUCCAGCAUGGGGACUGAUGGGAGCCAGGAGCAGGCUCUGAGUGAGGACCAUGAAGUGACUCUGUUUCUGAAACCAGUCAGAACAGGCUUUGGAACAGGAUCAGCAGUCAAUUCUGGGUCUACAGUAAACCCAGAGGAGACAGAAGCUGCCCUUGAGCCAGUACUCAAUGCUGGCCCAACAUACCUUUGUGGAUCAUUCCAAGAAGAAGUGUUUCAUAAACAAGUUAUGGUUAAAGUUCUUGAGAGGACUGACAAGCAGGUCCAGUACCAGAAGCAGAAGGACAUAAGACUGGAGAAUGGCAUGCCAAAGAGGCAGGAGGUGAGGUUGAGGCUCACCGUGCAGCUGGAAGUCAGGGUUUCAGCAAGGGAGCAGGCACGUGCAACUCAGUUGCUGGAACAGGAAUGGUGGCUAAGGGAGGACAGAGCUCAACAGAGAGAAUUGUUUGAGCGACUCAUCUCCAUCAUGGCUGGAAGAGCACCAGCUCCUCCUGUCUCCCUGGUGCCUGUGCAACGUUCCCUCAGUCCAGAAGUAGCCCGGAUAAUUCCAUGCCUUGGCGGCCCUUGCAUUCAGGCCCCCGUGAGCGGCUGGACAGGGCAACUAAACUCCAUGCUUCUUUCCUUGAUUCCCCCUCCUGUGGAUACCUGCACUCACUCCCGCCCCCCCCCAGUGCUAAGUGCAUGGAAAAGGGGGAAAGAAGAACGUGGAGCCAGUGGACAUGCAGUAGUAGAAGGUUUGAGUUGUGUUUGCACUGUUUACUGCACUUUGUUUUGUUUUGGAAAUGUUCCUCUAUUUCUUGUUUAGCAAUGGGUGACUGUUGUACUGUUUUAAUACAUGUUUACAAAUAAAGCCUAUUGUGUCAUCAAGAAAGUUUAUUGUUAUCAAUGUAGCCCAGCAUACAAUCACGAUUUGAAAUAAUAAAGCUAAAAAUAUGAUCAGGAACAAUUAUACAUGACUAAGCAAACAUUGUUCCUCUAUGCAGUUAGGUACAGCAAUUCACAUUUCAAUAACUUCCUUAUAUGUACCCAUAUUGUGAUUCAUUCCUCAAUUCAUUGUUCGUCAUGUCAUUCAUAAGUAUGGCAAUCAAGCCCACACCCCUCCUAAGCACUGAGCCCCCCCACGCCCCCAAAUUAACCAGCUCCUUUCCCUCCACAAGCACAUUAUUACAGGUACUAUUCCCCCUCUUCCAUAGGGCCAUGCAAGUUGAUAAUGUGAGAACACAAAGCAUCCCUGACUUCUAUUGCCCAGGUGCAGCCAACUCCAGUUGUAGUAGAUGCUGGCUGAGUGAACCGAUUCAGUUGCUCUUUGUUGUUAUAGGCCCAUUUAGGGGAAAAUGGCUCACAUUUGGCUUCACAAAGAUUGUAAAGAAUACAGCAAGCCACAGUAAUGCAGACAUUGAUGAGUUAGCAUCCAAAUGGGUCUGCUGACACCUCCAGUGCGAUUUUAAUUCGCCAAAGCACAUUCAACAGCCAUAGAAUCUAUACCUGCUGAGAGUGUAAUUAAACCUUCUUUUGCCCGGGCCUCUGAAAUCAGGGUAUUGCUUCAGAAGACAAGGCAAAAGGGGAUAUGUGGGGUCCCCCAGAACAACAGUGGGGAUAGCGUUUAUGACAAUGUUGUUUGGUGGGAACAGUGUCCCAGUCUGUCCAUGAAUGUAGACUUCCAAUUGGUGAAGAACCCUGACGUGAACUUCGGGAAUGCAGUCCAUGUUGACCUUCAUAAAUUGGCCUCUGUGGUCUAUGAGGGCCUGCAUAACAAUCAAGUAGUACCCUUUGCAGUUUAUGUACUCCUUGAGGAGGGCAAACUAUGGGCACAUGAGUCCCAUCAGUGGCCCCUGUGCAGUUAGGAAACCCCAUUCUCUCAAAGCCAGCAGGUCCUUCAGGAAUAUCUUUAAUGAUUGCCACCUUCGGGUAAACCACACACCUUACUGCCUCAGAAACCUCCACCACCACUUUACCCACAGUCGCCUUUCCAACUCCAAACCGGUUGGCAAUGGACUUGUAGUAGUCUGGGGUAGGCAGCUUCCAGAUUGCUUUAACAACCUGCUUCUGGACUGGCAAGGGUGAGUGUGUCCUUAUGCUGGAGGGUUGGGGCAAGCUGCUCACAAAGCUGCAGAAAUGUAGCUUUCUUCAUGCAAGAGUUCUGGAUCCACUGCUGGUCAUCCUAGGUCUGCGUUACAAUGUGAGCCCACCAGUCUGUGCUUGUGGACCUGCGUCAGAAGUGCCAGUCUACAUAGCAUCAGCUGAUUUACUGCUAAGUAAAAUAUGCUGAUUUUACUUAGCAGCAUCAGCCAGUGCAAGUCUGCCUUGUCUCCUCCAUCAUGAAAUCUGUCAGAUGCCUUUGGUGGGUCAGAAAAAGCUGCCGAAAUGCCCAUUGGCACAUCCCAGAAACUGUUUCCUGACACAGGAAUGAAAGCGUAAGCAAGAGAAGUUUUUCAAAAGGCUGCUCCUCUCUGUUGCUGGCUCCGAUAGCUGGGAGCACACAGGCCAAAAUGGCAGGCAGGGGGUGCAGUAAAGUUUUCCCACAGUGCAUUAUGGUCAAAAGGCUAGAGUGGUCACAUUUUGAGAGGGUGCUAGGGACUCUGGGAUUGCUUUGAUUCGGGUCUACGUGCUGCAGUGUGGACAUCAACACCCCAGGUUAAAGCCCAGGUUAGGAAAGUCUUAACAGAGGGUUAAGAAUCAGUGUAGACACUCAAGCCCAGGAUUUUCUAACCUGGGUCAGGUGACUCAAGUCCCACUAAUCGUAGGCUUAUCUUGCAGUGUACACAUACCCUUAGAUGUCUUCAGGUUGGCAGGGCCUGACGAAAGAAGUCCUAGAGCAGUGGUUUUCAACCUGUUGUCUGCAGACCCUUGGAUCUGCAGACUAUUAAGAUUUCCAAAGGGGUCUGCAUCUCCAUUUGAAAUUUUUUUUUAGGGGUCCGCAAAUGAAAAAAGGUCGAAAACCACUGUCUUAAAAUAUUUAAGGAACUGGCCGAAGAGAUCUCUGAGCCAUUAGUGAUUAACUUUGAGAACUCGUGGAGGACAGGAAAGAUGCCAGAGGACUGGAAAAGAGGUACUUUAUUUCCCAUCUAUGAAAAAGGGAAUAAGGACAGCCCAGGGAAUUAUAGAGCAGUCAGCUGAACAUUGGUACCUGGAAAGAUAAUGGAGCUAUCAAUCAAUUGUAAGCACCUUAGAAGAUAAAUAACAGUUAAUAUAGUUUGUUCUUGACAAAUCCAUGUCAAACCUACCUAAUAUACUUCUUUGAUAGGCCAAUAUACUUGUUGAUGGGGGGGGGAGGAGAAGAUGUGGUAUCUCCUGACUUUAGUAAAGCUUUUGAUACUGUUCUGACUGAAAGCGGCCCUGUAUUCGCACUCUAUACACCACUGUAAUAAUCUUUGUACAAAAUAUGCCUUGUGAAGUAUCAUUUGAAAACUAAUAGCUUGCUGGUAAAUAAUAUGGUGAAAUGUAUGAAGCAACAUCAUAUGUAAAGUUAUGAAUUUCCCUUGUAAGAUGAUGUAAGCACGUGUUCAAAAUCACAUAGCUCUGCCUAGACAAAAGUUCUUAAACAGGUCUAUCCUAAACACAGGAAUGUAUGGUUUCAGAGUAACAGCCGUGUUAGUCUGUAUUCACAAAAAGAAAAGGAGUACUUGUGGCACC